AUGGCGGACGAUCAUGAUCCUCAUUGUGUAGAGGACAUUGACGAUGAUGAGCAUGAGGACGAGUACGAGGAUGAGGAUGAGGACGAGGACGAUGAUGAGCCUUAUGUUGUGAAUAAGGAGGAUAACUUGGGCGAGCCAGAGGAUCAGAGAAGGGUGUUUGAAUCUUUAUUAGCGGAAAGAUUUAGAGGCUUUAAGACCAACUUGACUAAUGGGUGGAUCUAUAAGAAGAAGAAGAAAGCUGAUGAGGAUGACCUUCUCCCGUGGCAAAAAUGGCCGACCGUGUCAAAAGAUGACUGGGAAGAGUUCGUUAGAAUGAAGACUCAAAAGAAAGCCAUUGAACUUCGAGAGCAAAAUAAAAAGAAUGCAGAGAUGAAGGAAUACGUCCAUCUUAUGGGGCCUAAGACAUUUGGUGAAAAGAGACCUGAGUGGGUCGAUAAGGGUUUAUACCCUAAAUCGCUUCUAGUGGCAUCGAAGGAACCCUCUAGUUCCACGAUCACUACUUUGCUUGAGCACACUCAAGAGCUGGUGGAGGGAAAAUUAACCAAGUGUGGAGAAUGA